AUGCCCGAGUGCCCAGAAGAUACACCAUUUGAUGCUUUAUUGGAUCUAUUUAAGCAAGAAUUUACACCUGGUGAUUCUAUAGUUGGUAAAAGAUUGAAAUUUUAUCACUUAAAAAAAGAUGAUCAAGAAGAUGUUGAUUCAUGGGCGAAACGUGUUGAAAGUGCGGCAGAGAACUGUAAAUUCGGAGAUGACGCGGACUUUAAUUUGAAGAAAAAAUUCAUUAGUGGUUUUGAAGAUAUUAAUUUAUACAAGUAUUUAGAAGAAAAUAUUCAUUGUCCUUUUAGUGAACUUUUGCAAAAUAUUUCUCUGGUGAAAGAGAAGCACGAAUGUAAUUGCAAGAAAACAGAGUUUGAUUAUGGAUAUUCUAAUUGGCUAGGUCAAUUUUAUCCCUCUUAUUUUAUGUAA